AUGCCCACGCUGUGCCCAUUGCAGGCCCAGGCGAAGCUGACCGAGUCGAGCCAGAAGCUGGACCUGCUGCGCCUGGCGUUGGAGCGACGCGUGGGGGAGCUGCCCGAGGAUCACCCCAAGGGCUGCAUCAUCAAGGAGGAGCUGAUCAUGGCCACCUCGUCCGCCUUCAGCACCCGCAACAACGCCCCCUACCAGCACAACCAGUACAGCACGCUCUGCAAGCCCUCGCCCCUCACAGGGAUGCUGGAGGUGCAGCUGCUGGGCUGCAGCGGGCUGCUGGAGUCGGUGCCUGGCCGGACCCGUGGUGGUACCGUCUCGCUGCCCUGCAACAACCCCGGCGAGGCGCGCCCCUCCUUCAUGAACCGCAGCGGGCGGGGGCUCUACAGCCGCAGCGGCAGCCUGAGCGGACGGACCAUCCUCAAAUCCGACGACUUCAGCAAUGAGGUGAGCGCCGUGCUGAAGCUGGAUAACACUGUGAUGGGGCAGACGGCCUGGAAGCCUGUGGGCCAGCAGGCCUGGAACCAGACCUUUGCCCUGGAGCUGGAGAGGGCGCGGGAGCUGGAGAUCUCGGUGUACUGGCGGGAUUUCCGCAGCCUCUGUGCCUUGAAGCACCUCAAGCUGGAGGAUUUCCUGGACAACCAACGCCACGAGAUCCACCUGGACCUGGAGCCCCAGGGCACCCUGCUGGCCGAGGUGACCUUCUUCGACCCCGUCAUCGAGCGCAUCCCCAAGCUCCAGAGACAGAAGAAGAUUUUCUCCAAGCAGCAAGGCAAGGCCUUCCUGCGCGCCCGUCAGAUGAACAUCGACAUCGCCACCUGGGUGCGGCUGCUGCGGCGCCUCCUGCCCACCACCAGCUCCACCGGCGCCUACAGCCCCUCGGCCCACAUGCCCGCCGGGCCCGGCUCCGAGGGCCACCUCGGCCUGGCCAGAGACUUCUCCAUCGAGAAGCUGAACCUGGACAUUGAUAAGCCGCAGCAGGAGCAGCCAGGCCAGCCGGCCGAUGGUGGGGAGCGACCGGAGAGGGGCGCACUGAGCCCACAAGCAGGAGAUGAGGAGCCGGUGCUGGGAGGAGACACCCGAAGGCCUGGGAAUAGCACCCUGCACAGGACGACGCCCUUGACGCUGGAUGACUUCAGGUUCUUGGCCGUGCUGGGACGUGGGCACUUCGGCAAAGUGCUGCUCUCCGAAUACAGCCGCACAGGGGAGCUCUACGCCAUCAAAGCCUUGAAGAAGGGGGACAUUGUGGCGCGGGACGAGGUGGAGAGCCUGAUGUGCGAGAAGCGGAUCUUCGAGACGGUGAAUAGCUCGCGGCACCCGUUCCUGGUGAACCUCUUCGCCUGCUUCCAGACGCCCGAGCACGUCUGCUUCGUCAUGGAGUACACGGCCGGUGGUGACCUCAUGAUGCACAUCCACACUGACGUCUUCACCGAGCCACGGGCCACGUUUUACGCCGCCUGUGUCGUCCUCGGAUUGCAGUUUCUUCAUGAGCGCAAAAUAGUGUACAGGGACCUGAAGCUGGAUAAUUUAUUACUGGACAAGGAGGGUUUUGUGAAGAUCGCAGACUUUGGCCUGUGCAAGGAAGGGAUGGGCUACAGCGACCGCACCAGCACGUUCUGCGGGACCCCCGAGUUCCUGGCGCCCGAGGUGCUGACAGACACGUCCUACACCCGCGCCGUGGACUGGUGGGGGCUGGGCGUCUUGAUCUACGAGAUGCUGGUGGGGGAGUCCCCAUUCCCAGGUGACGACGAAGAGGAGGUGUUUGACAGCAUCGUGAAUGACGAGGUGCGGUACCCCCGCUUCCUGUCCACCGAGGCCAUCGGCGUCAUGCGCCGGCUCCUGCGCAGGAACCCGGAGCGGCGCCUGGGCUCCAGCGAGCGGGACGCCGAGGACGUCAAGAAGCAGCCGUUCUUCAGGGUCAUUGACUGGGAGGCCCUGCUGGCCCGGCGGCUCCCUCCCCCCUUCGUCCCCAUCAUCAAGGGGCGUGAGGACAUCAGCAACUUCGACGAGGAGUUCACGGCCGAGGCGCCUGCGCUGACGCCGCCCCGCGAGCCGCGCCUGCUCACCGCUGCCGAGCAGGAGGCCUUCCGCCACUUCGACUACCUCGCGGACACCUGCUAGCCCAGGGGAGAUCUGGGCCGCGGGAACGGACGGAGGGUUUCCCACCGGCGCCCCCUGGGGCUCUGAAGGACUCAGUGGGGCGGGGAGCCGGCCCGGAUCCGUGCUGGGGGGGCAGUUUGGCUCCAAGGCUGCAGAAGCAAGACGGGGAGGUGGAUCUCUUGGAGUCCCUGCCAGGGACUGCUGCCCUCCAACCCCACCCCCCCCAUCUGAGCCCCCGGCUGCCCCCUCUGCCCGUGACUUUCUCUUGGACCAUUGUAGUUUUGCCAACAAGCGAAGGGGGGGAGCUCAGCGCUGGCCCCACCCUGGUUCCUACCCCCAGCCUGGGUCUGGCCCUGGCGCUGCCGUGGGUGAAAGGCCGACCCCCACCCUCUGCUCUCAGAGGCAGGGGUGCAGCGAGAGGAGGGGUCUGUGCCCUGCAUCCUGGGUGGGGGGAGGAUGGGCACUGAGGGGAGGUGGGGGCCCUGCCAGGCCAGGGUGGAGUCAACUCGUGGGGGUGGGGAGCUGCUGGACCCUCGGAGCAAAUAGGGGCCACCCUGAGGGCAGAGGAGUGGCACCCAAUGUUGGCUCCUGGGGGAGGACUGGUGGCCAGGUCCCAGAAGGAUGCCCAGGAGGGUCCACCUCCCACCCCUGCCAUCCAGUGACCCACCCCCUGCCCCUCUCUGAAGCCCUGGAAACCUCCCCUGAGCUAGGGGGCUUUAUGCCCCGCAGCCCUUCAUCCUACCGCAGCUCUACCCAGGGUUCAGCUGCCCUCUACCCAUGGCUGUAGGCCCAUCUGCUCCCCCAGGGCCAGGCGAGGGUCAGCCUAGCCCUUUGCCUGUGGGCUCUGCCUCAUAUCAUGGACCAUUUGAAGCAUCUGGAGCCAGGUGAUGCAGGAGCUGGUGGGGGCAGCUGCCACUGGGGCAGGGCAUGGGCGCUGUUUAUACAGGGAUCCCUGGCAUGGCACUGAAAUGCAGCUGCCUCUGGGGUGGGCUGUAUCAGCUGCUUAACAGCCACCAGCAACAGCGCACAACAGUUUUAGGACUGGAGGGGAAGGGGGAUUGUAUCGGGACUGUAGGCAAGCGGCAGGGGGCUGCCCCAAAGGGACUUUGGCCAGGAAGCUGGCGCUCCCACCCUGUCACUGGCCAUGGGCUGGGCCAUGUUUUUAAGAACACGUUGGCCAGACAACUGUCGGGGACGGUCCAGGUACCCGUGGCCCUGCCUGGGUGCAGGGUGCUGGACUUGACCUCGAGUUCUGCGACAACUGAUCAGGGCUCCAGCUUUAAUUCUAAGCCAAAACCAGGGGGCCCUGUGCAUUGCCUUGAAAGGGAGAGUGCCCCCCACAGCACAGCGCCCCCUAGUGUCAUGCUGGUGUUUUAGGGUCAGCACUCACUGUGAAGGGAGAGCGCCCCCUGCUGUGCUCCCCCACAAUCCCUGCAGCACAGCCCCCCCUAGUGCCAUGCUGGUGUUUUAGGGUCAGCACUCACUGUGAAGGGAGAGCGCCCCCUGCCGUGCUCCCCCACAAUCCCUGCAGCACAGCGCCCCCUAGUGCCGUGCUGGUGUUUUAGGGUCAGCACUCACUGUGAAGGGAGAGCGCCCCUGCUGUGCUCCCCCACCCUGCUCCCAGUAGCACAGCGCCCCCUUGUGCUGUAUGGGGGCACUGAGCCCCUGUUCCACUCCCUACAUUUUCCUUGUCUCUCACCUGUCUGACCGCACUCAGCAUGAUGUCCUAGCCCCCCCGCUCACUGCAUGAAGGUUAGAGGGGCUGGAGCCACAUCACCCCUGAUAAAGGGGAGCAGGGGCCUCCCUGGGUAUGACUGGGGUGAGAGCUGGGGGCUGCUGGCCCCAUGGGGAGGUCAGGCAGGCACAAGGGCUGAGGGCACAGCAGAUCCACAGGGGUUGGGGGAAGGGAUUCCCUGUGUACUCCCAUCCCCGGGGGUGUGGGGGAGGCCACUGUCUCUAAGUUCCCACCCACAGGGUGCUGCCCCGUCCUGCAGCACCUCCCCAUGGGGGCUUCAUGCACCUGCCUGCUGCUCCAGCCCCCACUGAGCUGUGCCCCUCACCGCAGUGUCGGGAUGCAGGGAAGCGUUGCCACAACAGGGGCUGUUCUCAUCCUGGUUGGCAGGCGUCGAGCCCAUUGCUUAUGAAUGGGUGGGGGGGGUCUAGUGAUGGAGGUGGGGCUGGGAAUCAGGACUCCUGGGUUCUGUUACUGAUGGGGAAGAAAGAAACGUCUAGUGGUUAAAGAGGGACAUAUGGCCAGAAGUCAGGGUUCUGUCCUGGACCUAGGAGAGUGGGCUCUCGUGGUUAGAGCAGGAGGGGCUGGGAAUCAGGAUUUCUGGGUUCUGUUCCCGGCUCUGCCACUGACUUGCUGUGUGUGCCUGGUGGAGUCACUUUUCUUGUGCCUCAGUUUCCCCUUCUUUAACAUUCCCGCCCCUGCCUGUCAGCCUUUGGGGUGUGGUCGCUCUGGCUCCAGGCAAAGACUCAAGGUUACAGUCACCCUGCCGCCCGCCUGCCUUUUAACUACCUCUGUCCCCGCAGGGAAACCCUCGGGCUGUGUUCUGUGGGGCAAGAGGGAGCCAAUCAGCUGCCUUUGUGUUAUGAGAUGUGAGUUGUAAAUUAUAGACCAGUUAAGCAAAUGUUGCAGCCCAGCUGUCGGAGGCGUCUCAUUCCGGGAGGCUAGAAGAGCCCUCAACCAGAGCAGCGCUGUGGGAAACCCUUCGGGAGCAGCAGCUGGAACUCAGGACUCCUGGGUUCCAUGCCCAGCUCUGGGAGGAGAGUGGGGUCUAGUGGUUU